ACCACAUUUAAUAGCUCUAUGAUCCAUACACAUUGCAUGCCUGACUGACUGCUGUUUCACGUGCGGCAUAGCCCUGGUGGUGUUAUUUAAUGGUGAAAUGUCAAAUAUUAAAAGGCAACCAACGAAGGGUUACCCUGGUGAUCGAAUCUUAUUGAGACGAAUAGAGGAAUACCUGUCUGACAAUGGAGGGCAGCAAUCCGUAGCCCCUUUAGCCAUAGCAGAUUGUUUGCAACAAAAAUACAGGGAAUACCAAAGACGAAAACGAAAUGUUUUUAGAAAAUCUGUCAGUAAAGUUUAUGAAUGGAUCUGCCAUCAGAAUAAAGAAGAAGCAAAGUCAUCAAUUACUUUUAACCAAUUCAGUGGAGGUGAUGACUCGGUUUCAAAUGAUAGUUUUUCUGAGGAAAAUCCAGAUUAUGUAGAAGUCAAAGACAAAAAUCUUGUAAAUAAUCGACUGAGUAACCUGUACAUGAAGAUAGACACACCAAGUCCAUCAAAAUCCCACUUAAAGCAGAUAGAUGGAGAUCAGGAGGAUUUGGCAAAUGUAGUGCUAGAAACAAAAACAUUACCAUUAGGAGUUCAGAGAGACAUUCCAACAGCAUCACCAAGAAAACGAAAAAGAAUACUGUCGAGCAAGUCACGGAGUCAUCCAACAUCAGAAGUCGAUGAGAAGAUAAACAAAAACUUAUUGGAAGGAUCAAAAAAGACAAAGAAAAAGAAUAGUUUUGAACCACAGAAGUCAGUUACAACAUUCAAGGACAUAGGUGCAAAUGAAAAUAAUCUACAUGAAAUAUGCAAAUUAUUAGUUCAUAUGAAACACCCUGAAGUAUAUCAACAGCUUGGGGUGUCCCCGCCGAAGGGUGUCUUACUACACGGCCCCCCAGGAUGUGGCAAAACAUUAUUAGGCAAUGCAAUUGCUGGGGAGCUUGAUUUACCACUCCUGAAGCUCUCGGCUCCUGAAAUUGUAUCUGGUGUUUCAGGCGAAUCAGAGAAUAACAUCCGAGACCUUUUUGAACAAGCCCAGGCAUGUGCUCCUUGUAUUGUAUUUAUUGAUGAGAUUGAUGCCAUUACCCCCAAGAGAGAAACAGCCCAGAAGGAAAUGGAGAGGCGGAUUGUGGCCCAGCUCCUAAGCUGCAUGGAUGAUUUAUGUAACAGUUCAUCUUAUGUUAUGGUGAUUGGUGCUACAAAUCGGGUAGAUUCCAUUGACCCAGCCUUGCGCAGAGCUGGCAGGUUUGAUCGUGAAAUCUCUCUAGGCAUCCCGGAUGAACCAGCUCGUAAGAGGAUUCUUGAGGUUAUGUGUAGAAAGUUGCAUCUAUCAGACGAUUUCGAAUUUGAUGGACUAGCCUCAUUGACUCCAGGCUUUGUAGGGGCGGAUCUGAUGUCUUUGUGUCGAGAGGCUGCCAUGUGUGCUGUAAACAGGGUAUUUAACGACUUGCAAUCAUCAUAUACUGUUGAAAAACACAGUACAGAGAGUAGCAGCAAUGAGGUUAACAGUUCCACUGAUGGACCAAUCACAAAUGAGGUUAAAGUUCAACAUAAGAAUAUUGAUUCUAAUACACAGCCAUCAUAUUUAACAAUUCUCAGUUGGCUUCGUGAUCAGCCUCCUCUGACUCAAGAUCAACUCAAGUCCUUGUGUAUUACAGUAGAUGACUUUAUGAAAGCACUUCCAUUAGUACAACCAUCUGCUAAAAGAGAAGGUUUUGCUACAGUUCCUGAUGUUACAUGGAACGACAUCGGUGCCCUGGAUCCUAUUAGAGAGGAGCUUCAACUGGCCAUACUUGCACCAGUGAGAAACCCAGCAGCAGUGAAGGCUCUAGGAUUAACCAAUCCUCCAGGAAUACUCCUUGCUGGUCCUCCAGGCUGCGGAAAAACCCUACUUGCCAAGGCAAUUGCUAAUGAAUCUGGAAUCAAUUUCAUUUCUGUGAAAGGACCUGAGUUACUUAACAUGUAUGUUGGUGAAAGUGAGCGAGCUGUACGACAGUGUUUCCAGCGUGCACGCAACUCAUCUCCGUGUGUCAUCUUCUUUGACGAACUUGAUGCCUUGUGUCCACGGAGGUCAAAUGUGUCAGAGUCUGGAUCAACAGCAAGAGUUGUCAAUCAACUUCUAACGGAGAUGGACGGGUUGGAGAGUAGAAAACAAGUAUACAUAAUGGGGGCAACAAACAGACCAGAUAUCAUUGAUCCAGCAAUAUUAAGACCUGGCAGAUUGGACAAGAUUUUGUACAUUGGGAUUCCAACUGCAGAAGAUAGGAUUGCCAUUUUGAAAACAAUUACAAAGAAUGGGACAAAGCCAUUGCUUGGAAGCGAUGUGUCGAUUGAGAAAAUUGCUAGAGAUGAACGAUGCAAUGGGUUCAGUGGAGCUGACCUAGCUGCCAUUGUAAGAGAGGCAGCAAUGGCUACGCUGAAGAAGGUACUGCAGAGCACACAAACUUCAAGCUUUGCACCUGUGCAAUCUAUUAGCACUGACAACCAAUUACUAUUGGAAAGGGAUCAAAAACUUGUCAUAAAUAAUGAAGAUUUUGAAAUGGCUUUUAGUAAAGUCAGGUGUUCUGUGUCUAAAAAGGAUCAAGAAUUUUACAACAAAAUGAAGAUUUGUCAGAUUGUGAAACAGAUUUGAAAUUAUAGGAACAAGAAAAUCUUAAUAGAUAAGAAUAAUUAUUAUACGCUCUACAGUAUUACAAUCAUAAUAUAAAAAAUACAGACUUUUUAUUAAAACUGGUAUAAAGAUACACUGCAACUCUAACAAAAGAAAUGGUUUUUU